CACACACACACGCAUGCACACACAGAGCAGCCCUUCCCUUGCGUGUGUCCACUUGGCUCGAGCUGCGCUCUCAGAAGGGAGGCUUUUCGUAGCCGAGCCGCUUACUGCUAAUUCUCCCAGACCUGAGCAAGGGAAAAGUCAGCGGCCAGAGGAUCAGGUUAGCUCACCCUAUCACAUGCUUCAGAAGAUGCACUGGUCCUGAAACUCUGACUUCCUUGAAUUGACCUGCUGGUGUCUUUCUUCUGAGUUCAGUGGAGAGCAACGACUCGGAGAAGUCAUGUCCUCUCCAGGAUCGAACAGCCACAGCAAGCGGAUGCCUUCUGAAAAUGAGCAUGGGCAGCGGGCACUAGACAUUGAGACCACACAGCCACUGAAGUUCCGUGAGAGGCAACGAUUCUUCGAGGAGGUUUUCCAGCAUGAUAUGGAUAUCUACUUGUCAGCCGCGCAUUUGCAGAUUGAGCACAGGAGACCUCCUAUUGGCAGUAUAUCCUCCAUGGAAGUCAACGUGGACAUGCUCGAGCAGAUGGAGCUGAUGGACAUUUCAGACCAGGAGGCUCUAGAUGUGUUCCUCAGCUCCAGUGCAGAUGAAGGAGGCAUCGGUUCUCUACUUACAGAUGAUGAAGAUGAUGAUGUGUACAAAGAUGAACUCACACUGCAGGUCCCAAGCCCCCAUGAGAUCAAGUCACGCAUGUCUUCCACUUCAUCAGCCUCCACAGACCCAUAUAGCCUGGAAACAAAUGAGGAUGGGGUAGAGACUCCUACUGUCCAGUCAGAUGAAGAGGAUGCACAGGAGGACACUGACCUGCAGAGUGGUCAAGCAAAAGCUCAGGAGAACAGUUCACCAGCAAAUGAAACAUAGCAGGAUCUCCCGAAAUCCUGCGGCAUCAGUAUGCUAGCCACAUUGUCCAACAGCCUUUAUAUGCAAGAAUAUUAUUGUUGUACUUGGAAUUGGGCUGCAAUUUGAGCAGUAAUGCUGGCUUGGCUGCACUGCGGAGAGCUUUGCUGGAUUCAGUCCUGGGCAGUUCAUACAAGAUGAAAGUAUUUCAUAUGUUUAUCUUUCUACCUUAUGGAAUUAUACCCCACUCUUGCGCCUGUGCAGCAGUAAAUCAUUAAAUGCCUGUGAUCAUUAAUAA